UCUUGGCAAGAGGGCGCUCUACCAGUUCCUGCUGUACAAAACAACGGCGGUUUGAUCUCCCAAUCAAGAUCAUUGGAGUCUCGCACUCGGCCGUCUCUCAUUGUUUGUCGUCGACUGAGGGCGCUUGAAUUCUCUUGACUAUUUACAGCGCGGUUUUCAUUCCAAGAGUGUCUCCGUGCCUCGCGCGAUGUCUGGUGGGGUGGCUAUUUGCACUCGUUGCAACGAUGGUUUCCGUGAAGAUGAGAAGAUUGUCAACUCCAGUGGGGAGAUGUGGCAUGAAGAAUGCUUCGUAUGUGCUCAGUGCUUCCGACCGUUUCCUGAGGGAACGUUUUUUGAGUUUGAGGGCAGGAGGUACUGUGAGCAUGACUUUCAGGUCCUGUUUGCUCCAUGCUGUGGAAAGUGUGGGGAGUUUGUGAUCGGCCGCGUGAUCAAGGCAAUGAACAACAACUGGCAUGCUGAGUGUUUCCGCUGCGAGUUAUGCAACGCCGUGCUGGCCGACACGGGAUUCAUCAAGAAUAGAGGAAGAGCUCUUUGUAGACCAUGCCAUUUGAAGGAAAAGGCUGCAGGGAGUGGAAAGUACAUUUGCUUCAAGUGCCAUGGCCUGAUCCAGGAAGACGAACAUUUGAAAUGGAAGAUGGAACAUUAUCAUCCCUACCACUUCAACUGCUGCAAGUGUGGGGAGGAAUUGACUCCCAGUGCUCGUGAGUUGAGAGGGGAGCUAUACUGCCUGCCAUGCCAUGAUAAGCAGGGUAUCCCGAUCUGUAGUGCCUGCCAUCGUCCAAUCGAAGAACGUAUUGUGACGGCCAUGGGCAAACACUGGCACGUCGAGCACUUUGUGUGUGCUCGCUGCGAGAAGCCUUUUCUUGGUCACAAGCACUAUGAGCGCAACGGCAAGGCCUACUGUGAGAUGCAUUACAACCAGCUUUUUGGCAACAUGUGCUUCUACUGCAACAAGCCCAUUACAUCUGAGAUGAUGUGCACCAUGAACAAGACGUGGUGUGAGGAGCAUUUCUUCUGCAGUUCCUGCGAUACCCUCCUAAGUGCCAAGAGUAAGUUCAUCGAGUUUGAUCUGAAGCCUGUCUGCAAGAAGUGCUACGACAAGUUCCCCAAUGAGCUGAAGAGACGCCAAAAGAAAGUGGAGACUACCAGCAAGAAAUACGGCAAGGCUGAGCAGAAGUAGGCCACUAGGAAAGGACGGCGAAAUUAAAGAUGGAGAAGUUUGGAGGGAAGGGGGAGGGGGUUGCUUGAGGUCGUGGGGUAGGGUAGAAGUAAUGGACAAUGGAGGAAUAUUAGCCUAGAUGAGGCACAAUAUUGGGGCACAGGCGGAGGGUGCUAUUUGGUUGGGGUAUGUUUGGGUAAAGAGAAAAGAGUUUAAAAAGGCUAAUGCAGGAAAGGGGUGUAGUUGAAACGUUUGACAAUAUCACUUGGCUAUGCAUGUUGAGAAUAAAAAGUCAUGCAUCUAGGCAUGAAUUUGAUACCGCUUACUUACUAAUCAUCAUUUAUAUAUUAAAAAAAUUUAAGGUCACAAUGUGACAUUUUAAAGCAAAUUAGGUUAAAGUUUUAUAUUUUUAUUAAGGAAAUAAAUCUGUGCUUGACCAGUUUUAAACAAAUAAUUUAAAGCCGUGUAGGGGCCUGAACGCUGAUAAUGCCCCAGGCAAGGCUGCUAGAUUGUUAAAAAAUUAUGUGUUCGAAACUGGCCAAGUACAUAUUUAUUCACACUCAUAAAGACCUUUCAGUCAAAAAGUCAAAACAAAUCAUAAAUUCACAAAUUUCCAACGACUUUGUUCAACAAUUUACUUCAUGUUUUGUGAAACACCCCUCUGGCCAUGGCUAUAGUAUGUGCCUCAUGUGCAUAGUGCUAAGAAAUCUCCUUAUAUGGAAAUUGGCAUGUGCGAGGCGCGUACUCAGGAAUUGUGUUUAAAACCAGCAGGUGUUUUAUCAGCGCCAACCCAGCCAAGUGACGUGCUCUUGACCAAUAGGAAUGGGUAAAUUGUCUCAGAUAUUUAUGAAUGCUUAUGAAUGCAUGUUGGUAUAGCUAUGAAUUAUUCUCUUUGUAAUUAUUGAAUACACAUACAUUGUAGGUAUAAGAUAUUAAUGCAUGCCUCAGUAAUGAAAUAAGCCGCAUGCAAUGUUUUGCUUUAUAGAUGAAAAAAUAGUAAAAUCAGUCACGCGAAGCUAACACCUUAUUACUUGCACAUCAGCACACAGGGAGAAGAAACUUUAAGCUUAAAUACAAUAACAUCAUUCGCAUUUCAUUAGUGUUAUUAUUCAAGGAAGAACAGCACUCGAACUCGCCCCAGCAUCUAAAAAAAAUUAAGUAUGAAUCAGUCAAGAUCGUGCGUGAUAGUCGUUUGCCCUGGUAUGGUUACAUAUGAUACAAUACAAUGCAUUGAACUUGUUGAAUUAAACAGAUGGCAUGCCUACUUCAUCAUUGAAUGAGUAUAAUUAUCAUAUAUCACUUCCGUAAGUUGCCUUUUCAUGAUGUCUGUCUACAACAUUAAUCCCCGUGGGAAUUGUAUCGAAGCCCAAGAUUUUGACGACCUUCUCGGAUUUUUUUUUUUUUUUUUUUAGGAUUGAGGAAGGCAGAGCCCAACUAAGCUUGGGGCUGGAUAGUACCUUGAAAUAAAGUUCAGUUGUGGUUGGUUUGGUUUAUGGUUUAUUAAAAAAAACAUGACAUAUAGUAGUGAGAAACUGAAUUGCAUGACAUUUACAACAUUAAAAAACAGUUAGGCCUAGAAAGCACAAAUACAUAUUAAAAGUUUUUAAACUUUAACUUUAGAGUUAAGGUUCACGUUAUACAUUGUAUAAAGACCAAAUACGUAGAAUGUGGUUUCACACACAGAACAGUGUUGAAUUUUAGCGGGUUAUAAGUAAGUUUCCAACUCCAGCAAAAAAAGUCAUAUUAAAGCUGGUGAACGCGGUUUCAGUUAUUGUUACCGGUAUUAUUAUAAUGUUUUUAAACUCGGAUGCAGGGUUCAAAAUGUUUACGAUGCAUCAUGUUGGCCUUCAUUAUAAGUACAUGUAUAAACGUGCAUGCCUACAAUCACCUAUUUGCAGCAACAAAUAUUAGCCACAUUUUACUUGUAUAUACACCGAUUCCUAAUUUUUCAAUUUUUCAACCCAGAUUUCAGUUUGACCGAUGCGUUGACACAUCUUUGUAGCAAAACUGAAAUCCGUGUCACAAAUUUAAAUUCAUAAAGUGGAACAAAGAAAUUGACUGGAGCUGAAACACAUGGGCCUAAUGGCGACAUUUCUUGUUUAGAUUGUGACGGACGGAACAAAAGUAGUUUGAGAUUAUUUUGUAAGUUUAAAAAACAAUUAAUUUAAUACGAUAUCUUAACAGUAAAUAAAGUUUGCAUAAAAAUACUCAUUGUAUAGCUACGUUAAGUUAGACAUUGCCGAAAAUGUAGUAAUUAAAAAAAAACACUUAUUUUUUUGCAUGAUGGUAAAAUAAAAUUUUACAAGAUAUUGAAAAAACAA